ACACGCAAGUGCCGCCGCUGCGUUGAUUGCAGCAGAACUUUUCCUACUGACACAGCACCACACUUUUUGUUUAGUUUUAACAUUUCAAAAACAACUUCCUCUCUUUCGAGUAAAAACAAGUAGUCUCGAGAGUUGCCAAAUUGGUGGCCUCCGGAAGUAAUCCCAUCCCAAAAAAAAGAGCCCAAGUGUCCGUGUCAGGAAUCGCGGGAAGUCUUCGUUUCGGCCAGGUUUCGGUUUAAAGCGGAAAUCGUACCAAGCAGGCCUGUCAAGUUCACCGAGCAGUGCCGCCGCGUGGAGUUUUCGAAACAGAAAAAUUUCGGCUGAAAAAUUUGUGCCACUGGAAAUCCACGACGACGAAUGCCGCUCGCUGCCCAGAUCCCGCUAAGCACUGCGUGAGUGUGAACCUCCUCCGCGGGUACCGGUGAGUUCCCCACCAACGAAAAAAAACGUAUCUCGCGUAGGUGUGCGUGAACAGCCAGGAGACGUCCCGAACGACGACGACUACGACUUGUCCGUGUCACAACUCACGGGCUUCGGUAUGAACGUACCUUUCUGGCGAGAAGAUACAUCUUGAGCACGGAGAGAUUACAACGAAGAGGCACAUUCAUUAAGUAUCCCAUGUGUUACCACUGCUAGUACAGUGGGCAACUGGAGCGAGGGAGAGAGAAAGAGAGAGUGAAAUUUGUUUUCCUUCCUUACGGGUGAAAAAUAGCAGCAAACGAAAUCAAACUCUGUAGUGAAAUCGACCUAUUGAGCGUAGUUUUUCUUUCUUGUCCGGCCGGCGUGCGACUGCUGUUGUUUUUUUAUUGGAACAUUUAAGAGUCAGUGAAGAAUCCAUGGGAUUCCGAGAGCAAAGCUUCAUAAUCAAAGAGUAGUUUGUAACACCAGCGACCGAUUUUGAUAAGUUAAGCCUCCUCGCCCCCAUCCAAAGUUAAGUUUCACGUAAUUUACUAAAACAAAGUGUUUAAUCUAUCGAGAAAGUAUUUAUUCCUUAAUUAGUUUGUAGAAUCGUUCAAGUAUUAGAAACAAAGUGAGUGAUGAGUAUCAAUCUUCGAUUAAUCAAGAAUCAAACGAAAAUCACUGUUUCCUGAUAUUUCGCCAAUCGUGAAAGAAGAAAUAAGUUAUAGCGUGCCGGUAUAAAGAAAAGUUUUGUUAUGUGUAUCAUUUGUUAACGGAAGUUGAAUUCUACCUACGAUUAAAUCAAAAUAAAGUUUAAGAAGUUUGACUCGACAUAGAAAAAAGAAAUCUUCAAACAUCAAAACAAGCUCUGCUGUUAACUCCGAGCCGAAACGAACGGAAAUCGACCGGAAAGGAUUACCCGCAUUCACAGAACCGCCGGGAAGGUCCGCACUGAGCAACAUUUUUUUCACGUUGAUACCCCAGUUCCAAGGAAAAUCGUCAAAAUUUCGGACCACGAGCAGCCCGACAGUCCCAGCGACAUGGCAUCCAAUUUAGAUCAGUUUGCCGACCUCGAGUUGUCGAAGGAGGACAGAGAACAGAUAUUCGAUCCACCACUGGACGCUCCCAAAACGCAGAAUGGUGCCAGCAACAUUGCCAAAAUCGUAAUCAGUGGCAUACCGCAGCACGCAAAAUUCGAUGACAUCGAGCCACUGUUGAAACCGUACGGCAAGGUUGAACACUGCGACGCAGUCACCAGCAAGGACCCGAACACGCAAACCGUCCAUAUCACGUUCGAGAGUCACGAACAGGCACAGAGAGCGGUAUCCGGCCUGAACGGGAUCGAUUUCGAGGGUUCCAAACUGUUGGUGGAGCUGUUCGAGAGCAAAGCAAACCGGCGCAGCCAGCGAACCCGUUCACAGUACGGCGGUAUGUCCGGUGGUGGUCCAGGACGUCAAACCGACUUUCCGCUGCGACUGUUGGUCUCCAGCGAGAUGGUCGGUGCCAUCAUCGGUCGCCAGGGCAGCACGAUACGACAGAUCACCCAGAAUAGCCGGGCGCGCGUCGAUGUCCACCGCAAGGAUAACGUGGGCUCGCUGGAGAAGGCGAUCACGAUCUACGGCAACCCGGAGAACUGUACCAGCGCCUGCAAGAGAAUACUGGAGGUGAUGCAGCAGGAGGCCAACAGCACAAACAAAGGGGAGAUCUGUCUCAAAAUUCUCGCUCACAAUAACCUGAUCGGUCGCAUCAUUGGCAAAAGCGGGAACACCAUCAAGCGAAUAAUGCAGGACACCGACACAAAGAUCACCGUUAGUUCUAUAAACGAUAUCAACAGCUUUAAUCUGGAGCGGAUCAUCACCGUCAAGGGAACGAUCGAUAACAUGUCCAAAGCCGAAAGUCAGGUCAGUGCUAAACUUCGCCAGAGCUACGAGAACGAUCUGCAAGCCCUGGCCCCUCAGAGUAUAAUGUUCCCGGGGUUACACCCGAUGGCGAUGAUGUCGACCGCUGGCAAUGGGAUGGGAUUCGCUGGUCGCUCCGGUAUGUACCCGGGCUCGAACUAUCCGAUGUACCAGCCGUCGACCGCUCCCGGGGCACCGCCUGGAUCUAGCGAGGUCCAGGAAACUACUUACCUGUAUAUUCCAAAUAAUGCCGUUGGUGCUAUAAUCGGAACCAAAGGAUCGCAUAUUCGUAAUAUUAUAAGAUUUUCCGGUGCUUCCGUCAAGAUCGCCCCGCUGGAAGCGGACAAACCUCUCGAGCAGCAAACCGAGCGCAAAGUUACCAUUGUUGGAACACCGGAAGCCCAGUGGAAAGCACAGUAUCUGAUCUUCGAGAAGAUGCGGGAAGAAGGCUUCGUCUCGGGCACGGACGAUGUGAGAUUAACCGUCGAGAUUUUGGUGCCCAGUGCGCAGGUCGGUCGCAUCAUAGGCAAGGGAGGUCAGAACGUGCGGGAGCUGCAACGAGUUACCGGCAGUAUAAUCAAACUUCCCGAACACACUGCCAACACCCCGGUGGACGAGGAGACCACCGUGCAUAUUAUCGGUCCGUUCUUCAGUGUUCAGUCAGCCCAACGACGCAUCCGUACCAUGAUGCUAGCCACGAAUCCUCCGCCACCGACGAAUCGGCAGAAGGCGCAAAAGGCAAAGGAACAAUCCUCGUCAUCGCCACCACCCUCGGGUGCCGCACAGCCUCCAUCGUCUAGUACAAACGCAUAAUCAAAAUCUGCAAUCGUCGUUGUUGAUAGACUGCUGCAACCAAUACCACAAUCACCACCAAAAUAACCAUCAUCCUUACCACCACCACCACCAUACAACCACCAACAUCUACUACCCUUCGAGCAGCAAAAGCAGCAGUCAAGAUCCAAAUCAGUAAGAUCAAAACCAUCGAUAUCCUGCAACUGCAGAUCAUAGAAUGAAUCCCAAUCAUCAGGGAGGUGAAACAUGUAAUGCCUCAGGAAGUAUCUAAUCUAACUAAUUUGAAGUAGAGCCAACGUAUCGCCUCUCAGGACUGUAUGAACAAAUGUUGAGCAUGCAGAAUUUACAAACUCUCUCACACACACACAUACGUCAACAUAAGUGCGGUACCUCUGGAAAGGUGUAGCUGUGUGUGUGUGGGAGAGCGUUGAGCGAAUUCUGUCCAAUUUGGUUCCAACCCUCUCGAACCGUCAAAUUAUUUCUUUCUUCAUAUAAUAAGUUCAAAAAUAUUUAUUUUUAAGCGCAAAAUUCAAAAUCUACAUUCCUACCAAUAUAUUGCUCGUAAUGUUUACCACGAACGCUACGCAUACAUUUUUGGCAGUUUUUUUUUACGUUCGUUUGAUUAAAUUGUGAAAAGAAAAAAGGAAAAAACAAACAAAUGGCGUUUAUACAUUUGCUCUACUGUAAUUUGAAGGAAGAAUAAAUGUAAAUAUGGCACAGUGGUUGUUAACCUACGAUCACCGGUUCCGCGUGGUUUUCGAAAACCAUUUGGAAAUCAAGCAAAGAAUUACCAUCUCAGAGAACGAGAAACAUGAAAAAAGAGAGAAGGAGAGAGAGAGAGAGAGAGAGAGAGAGAGAGAGAACCAAGCGAGAAGCUUUGUGUCCCGUACUUGUACAUAUUAAGCUAUAGGUUGUAAAAUUCUUUACAUUGAACAACAAUUGUUCCGCGGGUUGUUUAAAACUUCGCUCUCGCCCGUCAGUCAGUAUCGGAUCAUUAGUAGGUGCUGGCUAGAGAGAUUCAAUUCUACACACACAACAAAAAAAAAGUCAAAGUUCCUCUUUGCGUUUGCUGAGAGCGCAUGAAAGUAAUAUUUAUCUCGUGAGAAACAGAGAAGAAGAAGAAGAAAAGCAUGGAAAAAAUGGAGAGCUCGUGGGGAAAGAAAUAUACCGCAUAUGAGCUGUUUGAAAUGAAAGAUUUUAAAUGCAUUUUUUGAUUUUUUUUUCGAUACAUCAUACCGCACGCGCAAUGAGAGAGAUUUAGACUAAUGAGAGUGAAAAGCGACGAUUUUUUUUAUGAUUGAUUGCAAAGAGGGAUGCGCUCGUUUGCAUCACAUAGCGACGAGUAUGUUGAGGAGAAAUUGUGUUUGACACGAUAUUGUCUGUAGUAGGCGUUACGAGCUCAAGCUUAUAGUUUAAGGUGGCGUCACUUUCCUAUGUGAUUGCAAAAAAAACAAGGCACUACAGGGGGAAAUGAAUCCAAACUUAGCUAUUUUGCUAUGAGACCUAUUUGAUAAAAACAAAAGUGUCAAAGAACCGUCGGUUGCCUUAGAUUUCGGUGCUGAAUGUGUGACAUGCGAACCUAACGUUAUGAAUCUUAUGAAAAAAAAAAUCAUGUAAGAUGUUAGCAGUUUUAGCAAUCCACAACCAUCAUCUUUGUUGAUUUGUGCGGCGAAAAGUUUCACAGUCAAAAUUACACCGUUUCGGAAGCAUACGAUCGUUUAAAAUUGUUCGGUUCGGAAAUAAAAAACCAAUACCUCAGAAACGUUCAGGUGUCAAGCCAUCACCUAUACACAUGAAACCAGACCCGCACACAGUAAGCCUACAGUUUUAGGAUAGCCAAAUGAAUGAUCAAUCAUCGAAAGCUGCGAGCUGCAGCCAUUGUUUAUUUGUUUCAAUCAACACAGAAUAACAUGUGUGUUGCACCGUUUUCUUACUAAUAUAAACAGAAUUGAAACAGCAAACAUAUGCAAAGAGAUUUAUGUUCAAACUUUACUUACUAAUGGUGCAUUAAUCAUUUUUAUUACCUUGUUGUUGAGCAUACUUGUUGAAACCUAUAUUUUCCUACACGCUAUUUUCCCAGUUUCCCCUUAAAUGUUGUUUUAUUAACUUUGUUUUUUUUGUUUAAAUCAUGCUAGUAGCACAGAACUCAACUUUCCAACACACACACACACAUACACAAGGAGACGUGAAAAACAAUCGAACAUAGAACAAUCAACAAUAAUAUAUGUAUGAAAUAGAGAAGUACCUCAAACACGCAAACAAAAUCAAAAUAGUUUACUUGACUGACGAUUUUAACUUGUCCUCAUUCCUUAUUAACAAUAUUAAAACAAUAGAAUUAAACAGGUCCAAAACCAGUAUAGCUCCCCGUCACGCCCCCUAAACUACUGUCAUAUAUGUGCAGGCACGUUCACAGACAACCAUAACCUACCUACUCAUGUUUCCAGUCAUAGUUAAUAGAACAAAUUCUGUUGUUGUUACGAAACUCUUUGCAAACAUCCUAUCCUAUCGCAAAAAAAACAUCCCCGAAAACAAGGGGGUGUACCCUAUCUCUUCCCCAGCCCCUUUCUUUAUAAGCAAGCCACACCCAUACUUAAAUCUAGAAAAAUCAGCUCGACGCGUUACCGUCUCAGUUGGCGAGUGGUCUCGGAGUUGAUGUACGAGUUAGCAAGAGAUAGAGAGGGAGAGAGUCAGUAGUAGAGACAGCUACAGUAGUUGUAAACAAACAAGUAAAAAAAAAAGAUAACGUUUUUGGCUCACGACCGGCAAGAAAAUUUUAGGCUUUCAAAAAACAGAACGAACAAGGGAAAACAUUUACUCUCGGCAGGCGGCGCAUAAUUACAUCAGUCUCUCACACUGAAUUAGUUUUUUUUUGUUUUGUUUAAGGUUUAGAGAGGGUCUUAUCGCAUAGGAAACCAAAUUCGGACGUUGAAAAUACAGCCUCAGCAACCGAAUUGAAGAAGAAGAAGAAACCACAGAUAACCAAAACCAACUUGUGAAGCGAUCAAAAUUCAAAAUUCUACCGAUGUUGACACAAACACACACGCAUACGAACAUACGAUUGACUGCAUUUUCGAACACGAUUCUUUAACUGGACUGAAGUGUAUAAGGAUAUAAAAAAAUUUAAAAAAAAGCAAAGCCAGCCAUGGAUUCGCAUGAUAUUUGUGCGAGUUGUGCGGGAAUUUAUUUGACAAUUUUAUUGUCGGGGAUAAAAAGUAAGAAAGAAUUUAAGAAAAAAAAACGAUACUAAAGAGUGUAAAGAAACAAAACAAACAAACAAAAAAAAUCGCGAGUGAAACACGUACCAAGUGAGGUUAUCUUUUAAGGCGUAAAACCGAAGCGAAGUUUUGGAGGUAAAAUCAAUUGUUAGAUUUUUUUAUUAUAUAUAUUAUAUUGAAAAUAUACUAUAUAUAUUUAAAAUGGGAAGAGAAAAAAAAGAGGAAAAAAAGAUAUUUAGCUAACAAAUUUAAUAUUUAUUAAAUACUAGAGGCUAUAAUAUCGUUGAAUAUUUGUAUAAAAUCAAACGAACCUUGGUAAAGAGAGGAAGGUCAAAAUUGAAUUUAACUUUAAAAAGGUAUAUUAUUUUCCUAUGUUAUUUUAUGUUCAUAAUUUCUUGUUUAGGUUUUGUUGUUUACUUUUUUGUAAUGAAAAAGCGGAUGCGAAAGCUCAGGGGUAAUGCGUUAAUUAGUUGUGCCAAGAAUCGAGUGCGAGAGGAAAGUCGGAACAGCAAUGAAUGUGUUUUUUUUUUUGUUUUGGGUUGUGAUACUCGAAUCGAACAAUCCAAACAAUGUUUAAACUUUUUACUUCUAACAGAAAAUUAUACUUGAACACAGAGCUGAUGAAUGCAAAUGAGUAGAGCAAAAAAUUCUUUCCAUGAAGGAUUUUUUCAAGCAAAUCCAAUCAACUAGAACAUCUUCUCAAGCAACGUUAAAGAUUAAAUUUAUACCGAUUAACGUUUAUUUUGUGUGCUAUAUUCGUUAUUCAAUUGAGGAACGUAAAUAUUUUCGCAGUUUUCCGAAAGAGUUUUGAUCGGUCUGUGCUAGAAAACGUGUCCGGAACCACAAAACGCACUACAAACUGUUUCCUGGUGGAUGUCCCUAUCUUGAAGAAAUCAUAGUAAGCAUUGAUGAGAUUUCACUUAGCAACGCUGUUAACAGUGUUUGAAAAGCAACUGUUUUUCGUUCAGUUCAUUUUAUUUCUUUUGCAUCACUUAAAAGUUCAAUUGAAACCCCGAUUUGUUUGACACUCUAUACCAGAUACACUGUAGAUCCGUGCAGAAGCAACAAUAUUUUGGGUACAAAUGGAAAAGUACAAACAUGCGAUGGAAAACUAGUGAAACCUCGACUUGGAGGAGUAACCAGCAUUUGCGUUCGAUGAUUUUAUGCAAUAAACAUCCAUUCAACCAUGCAGCAGCAGCAGCAGAAACAAUCUGAAACGAAGUGAAAUGACCAUUUGGCAACAGGCAGCAACAAAUACAACAAUAACAACAAACCAGUAAGCGCAACAAGAGGCAAGGAAGCUGACAAACAAGCUACAGAGAAAGGUAAAGUUAUGACAUAAAAUAAACAACAAAACAUAGCCGCUUUACAACAAAAAUCUAACAAUGAUUAACGAACGAUUAUUCCCCGCACAAUAAGAUAACCAACAACUGAAAACAGAAUCGUAUUUCCCGGUCAAUGAAACCAUAGAUGACGAAGCUUUACAACAGACUGAGGUCACUUGGGAUGCAACAAGAAAAGAAAAAAAAACAAACAAACGAACAAAAAUGACAAACCAAUCAGUCAAAGCAUACUUUGGCAAGCAUUAUAUAAACACUCACUUCACAACGUUGACGCGAAUCGAAUAAUGAGAAAAAUAUUACACCAAACAAGAAACAAAACGUAGCAAGUUUGGACUUUUAUUUGCACCUCUUUAGAUAAAACCAGAGAAAAAAGCUUUUGACAGUGACAUUUCACAUUUGCAUUUGAAGAAGAAAAAGUAAAAUACACAAACACAAAAGACACACACACUUCCAGAAAAUUCAGCGUAGAUCAGAGCAAAGUAGGCAAGGUGAUCGCUGGAAAAAAUGGUUUUCAAAAUGUAAACAAAUGCGCGAAAACAAAAUCUGUAGUCUAUUCAAACUGUUAGAAAACGAAAUAAAACAUAGAAAACAUCCAUGAGAAAAGUUGGAUCGAAAAAUACCAUUACAAUUAAAUAGUAGUAUUAACUUUUAGAUUGCCUAACCUCAAAAAAAAACCAUAUGACAUAUUAUCACAAGAAAAGAAAAAUUAAAAUACAAACAAAAACAUGAUUGGUAGAUGUAGAGUUGAUUUUUGGCGUGUUUCUUCAGGACAAAAUUUAACCCAAAAAAGAAAAUAUAUAAAUAUUAAUCACCUCGAUCAAACUAGCAAAAAAACGUAUAAGAUCACCUUGUCACUUGAGAGAACGAAACAGAAAGAGAAAGAGAGAGAGAUUCAGGUCACAUAAAAUUAACCAAAUUGCCGGUUUCCUCACUGAUAACACAUAACCUAGAAAGACAAAAAAAAUAUCUUGAUGAAACCAGUUUGGAUAAACAUAAACGUAAUAGAUGAAACAUUCUUACCUCAUAUUGAUGAAUAUUUAGGAUUAAAAUUGCAAAACAAACAAAACCACCCCUCAAAUUUUAGAAGCAUGAACAGAUAUUAUUCAUAGUUGGAUUGAAGCAUGAUAUAAGAGGAUUUGAUGAAAAAGAAAUUAAAAAACAUAUUACAGCAAAACAAGCUCGGUGGUACCUACACCCGGUUUGGCAGAUUGGAAAUUGUGUUUUCGGUUUUUUUUUUGGGCCAACAUGAGCAAAUUAAAUAGCAUUUAGAACAACAACAACAACAAAACAAACAGCAACCGUCACGAACUGCAAACAGUAGAAACUGAUUAUUGAUAGAUGAUGAGAUGCAUUUCAUGGAAAUAAGUUGCUUUUAAUUGAAAUCUAUUCGAAUAAUAAAUCUGAACAUCUUAAUUUUUAGACAACGCGCUAUAGAUAACAAACUAUUUGGACAUAUUCGAGAGAAGAAAUAAAAAUCAGAGGAAAGAGAUCAAGGAGCAAGGUUUAGAUUUGAUUAUUAAUACUACUACUACUACUACUUCUACUACUACUAUUUAAUACUACUACUACUACUACUAAAAAUGGAAAAUCGUGAAUUCUACCACAUACGUUUCGUUCUUAAAAGAUACAUUUCUUUUUUUAUUUUCGUUUAAUUUGAAAUAGAGCUGUAAGGAUUUUUGAAACUAUAUAAUGAAAUAAAACUAAAUUAUAAACUAGAAGAACGGCGAAACAUCGAAACUGAGCUAAAGCUAAAGAACACGUAAGUUUUAUGUUUAGAUAAAAACAACGGAAACAAAUGCUUAAAAAAUAGCCAACUGAAAAUAGGCAGAGUCGCCAGUCCAAACGACAACCAAUACAUAUACAGUUCUUGUUUACGGUAGUCUUUUUCUUUGCAACCGCUAGAAGUUCCGAAUACAACAAGCAGGAUAGGAGAAUAAAAAGAAAUACAUAGCAAACACCCAGCCUGCUUCGGGAGCUGUCAGAUGCGAAAUAAAUGAUUGCCUGCUAGAAAAAAAUAAUUCGAAACCAGAAAUCAAAACAAUAUAGACAAAAAAUACACACACAUAGCAACAAAAAUGUAUUGCGUUGCAUACGCUUCCGAUUAGAAACACAUUUAUGUAGACAUAGAAACACCUUCCCGUAUAUGUUUAAGUACAUUCGACACCCAUCCCUGGAUAACUUUUCAUCGCCACCACCAACUAAGGAGACUGAAUUACAUCGUAACGGGAAAAAUGGUGGCGUGCAAAUCCACAUACAUACCUCUAAGAAUCUUUCCUCCUACCACCCCCACCCCAACCACUUUCUGCAAUAUUUACUAUUGUUUUAUCACGUUCUCUUCCCCUCCUUAAUCCUCCCCCCCCCCACCACGCAGACACCACACACACUCCUUCUCAUCAAACAGCCCCAUACAUAAUCGUGUUAAGAAGUUCUUUAUUGUUUCAACACAAACAAGUGAAAGAAAAAAAAUCAGUGUUUUAGCCGCCUACUACGACGACGCAGUAGCGGAGGAAAAGUUUUGUGGCAUUUUUUUUACGUUUGAUUCCCUUCGGUUCGACGAAUCAACAUGUGCAGCGGACCUAUACAUAUAUCUAUAUAAAGGUACAGCCUGCGUAUAUGCAACCGAACAGAAUCCGAACAGGAUGGUAGUAGAUCCAGCAAACAAACUAACAAACAAAGAAAAAGAAAGCCACAACAUCCGCAAUGACAGCCGAGAAUAGAAUCGUACCAGACGAACUCAAGACACACUUGUUCUCACGAAGGAAGCUCUAAUUAGGAUUCAGUAAGUUAUAAUAUAUAUUUUUAUUUUUGUCAUUGUUUAAUAAUUAACAGACAGCAUAACUACGAUAGCGAUGUUAGGUAUGAGUUAGGAUAUAAUGCAAAUAUUGACAUGCCUGUGUGAUAAUAGUUUAUAUUCCUGUCAUUAUCUGUAUUUAUAUCUCCCUCAAGAAAAAAUAAGCGAAGAUAGAUUUGUAAAAAUACGGUAAUUAAUGAAAAUGAACCAAUAUUAAUGGAUAAAGAUUUUAUUUUUAUAACUUUUUUUUUAUUCUUAUUUCUAUUGAUCCAAGCAACCUGUUUAAUCAACAUCCAAACCAGACAAAUAUAUACAACAAUUUUUUCCCCCGCAAACAAUAGCCAUUCAAAUCAAAAUAGCCUUAAUGUUAUUAACGUUCGAGCGUUAAUCUGACCACUACCACCAACUCAGGUGAACAAAAUUUACCGUUUUAUACACUGUCUGUUUCCAUCCAAUUGUCACAGACAAACGCAAAGCAUAUUUAUCGGAGUCGACAAGAGAAUAACGGCGACUCCAACCACAAUAGUCAUUUUUAUAGCCAGCAAGUAAAAUCUACAAACACAUUCGUAGUUUAUAUAUAUACAAACACACCCCCAUGUAACCACACACACACACAUUCACCACCAUCCUCCCGAAGCAAAGUCUCUUCUACAAGUUCGGUUCCACUGGUGUAAGCAUCCAUACACACACACACCUAAAAGAACGGCAAAAUCCAAUCUCCACAAACAACACCCAUUCAAAAAAAAUAAAAUUUUGAAAAUAAAAAAUUUAAGAAGAAUCAAUCCAACCUAACUUUUGUGUACCACAAAAAACCACAACUUCUAGCCGAUAGAUCCGCGUGAAAGAAAACAUGCUGAAAAAGAAAAAUAAUAAACAAACUGAAUGGUAUAUUUUAAGAGGAGCAAGUAUUUUAAACUUAGCGAAGAGAAACCGCAAAACAAAGCAGCAAACAAAUAAAAUCAUCUUUACAUACGCGAACGCACGCAACUGUUUUACACGGAAGAAGUAAACAACAAGAAAGAAAAACUACCUCAAUAUUUCUAUUAUAAAGAGAAAGUAAAUGAUUAAUUUAAAGGUAACAAGUAAUAACUAUAAUAACAAGAGGAAACAAAGCUAGAGAAAAGAAAACCUAUAUAUUAACUGUAGCUUGUAUUUAUAUCAGAAACGAAAAUUUGCGAUCACACACCCACACACACACAACCAGGGAAAAGUUAGCGAGCAGCAUACAAAAUUGUCAAAUCAAACCGAAAAAGUUUGAAAGAGAGAAAACUUUUUUUUUGAUUUUGUUACCCAAUUCCCCGCUCUACCUGAACCGCGUCCCGUGAGCAAAAUCGACGGACAGGAACUGGAAGAACGUUUUCGAAUUGCGCAACAAAUUUAUCGAUUGUGGUCAUUAUGCAAAAAAUAAAAAACAAAAGAUAAAGUAUCUGUCACAGAACAAACGAAAGAUCAGGAACCGUGUGCUGAAAUUAUUUGAAACUGUUGUUAGAGAUUGUAUAAUGAAAAUACAUUAAUGAAAAAAAACAACCAGCAGGAAAAAAACAAAAGGGCCGGAGAGAACCAAACCAAACCUCCGCGAAUCACACAGUAACCAUUGAAAACCGAAACAGCUAUCAUACAGAACUAUCUACAUUUCUUUCGAACAUACCAAUAUUAUAAAUUGUAAAAGCAGUUUCUCACACCAACACACAUACACAAACAAAACAAUGGACGGAAAGUAAAAAGAUAGUAAAAAAAAUACAAAAAAAUCGUAAAACUACGGAAAAAUUAAAAAAUCUGUUGAAUUAGAAUGAGGCCCGUUCAGCGGAAAAGCGCAUGCCAGCACUACACUAUAGUUUGUUUUGUUUCAUUCGAAAGCGGUUUGAAACUAGAAGAUACACACAAAUAUCCAGUAGGAACACACAC